UUUGGUCAGGAGGUCGUUGGUGAACUUAUGGAGAGUGGUUUGGCAAAAUGUCCUGGAUUUUAGAAGAUUCCAGGGGAGAGGUGGAGAAAUGGAAGCAGCUCAUGGAUACCAUCCAUGUGACAAGAGUAAUGUGUUAGGACUGAGAAGAACAAGGUCAAACUUGCUCAUUCCAGUCCUGCUUCUUAACUGAACUUGUUUCCUUUUCUGAAAAUGGGAAUAAUCCUAUUAGCUCAUAAGGUUGUUGAAAGUACAAUACAAAUUUAACGAUUAUUUUUAUGCUACAGUAAAGGGGCUUCUUCCUUACCUCCCCUCACCCCACCCCCCAACCCUAGAGAUUUCUGGGCAUGAUGUAACAGAUAAGAGGAGUCUGUUAGCUUAACAGUCCUGUCCCUAGGUUGAUACUGUUUUGAGAAUUUGCUAGGUAUGUCCUCUGGCAUUAGUCAUGCCAAAUCCCUUUGACAAUUGUUCCCUCAGCCACUCUGAGGUGAGGACACUGAGGAAAGGUGGUUAGGAGGGAGUCAGUGGUCAGGGCCACAUGGAAUGUUUCUGAGUCCUGCAGAAGCUGGUAAGAACGGCUCUGUUUGAGACCCUGGAUAUAGUGCCCUGGGGUGCCAACCUCACCCCAACACACAGAAGACUGCAAUCCCUGAGGGUGGCUGGGGCAGAGGCGCACGAAAACUCUCACUCUCUCUCUCUCUCUCUUUUAAACCUUCCUUUUUAAACCCGUGGCUCCUGCAGACUGAAUGGUCCCUGGACCGAAAAGUCUUGAGUGGGCAGCUUGAUUUUCAAGGUGUGCAUAAGGGCAUAUCCUUUUUUUCAUUCAUUCUAUUCUCACUGGACAACCAGAUCUGAUCAGCACUACCUCCUGUGUUUUUCUACUCACUGCUUACAAACUAAUCCUUUGAGCAUGCUUCUUUUAUGAAGCCCAGACCUUUUGUAGUUUAACAUACUGUGGUCUCAUCAUUCGUCUUAGUGCCUUGUUUUCCCCUAAAAGAAAAUAUCCUCUGGGGAAAAUAUGGCUGCCCCACAAGCCCACAGGGCCUAGACCUGUUACCAAGCCCUGGGGAGGCACGGGGCUGGGUGCUGACCUAACUGGAUGUAGAGGCGGCAGGUGCACAUAUUUUCUAGAACUUGCACUUUUCAGAUCCUGAGACGUCUAGAGAGUUUAGUCAAUGGGCCUUCUUACGGUCUGUGUUCCUUUUAAUGGAAGAGCUUGGUUUCAUUUCUGGGAAGAGGGCUUGCCAGAGGGAAACAGGGUCAUAUCAUGGAUAGUAUAGUCACAUGCUAAGAUGUAUAGGCCUCUCUAAACACGUGAUAGGAGGUCAGAGCAGGGGUACUUCCAAGGAGGCUCCUAUAUUGUCAGAAACCUUUCUGGAAGGCCAAGGGGUCGUCCUCUGCUUCAGUCACCAAAUCCAUCCUGAGCAUCUUCAGAAUAACACGCUCUCUCCUCCGGGCGCGGGGGACGGAAUUAGGGCUGGAAAGAUAGGCCAAGGUCCUGGUCUAUGGGAGCAGACGCCAUCAGAUGCGCGGGAGCCAUCUGGCCUGCCCCCGUUGCGGCAGAGCUGACGGAACCCUGGGGCAUGGCUUGCCUUGGGGGGCCAGAUGCUGUCUCUGGGCCAAAGCCGGGCCUGCAGGGCAGGUGGCCAGAACUUGGAAGGAAUUCUCUUCCGCUGCCCAGGGUCCAGGCUUGGCCCCAGCAAGCCGCCCCGCCAGCCUCUGCCGCCUGGGGCCUCGCGCAUUCCGCGCCCCGCCCCUCCGCGCCUCUCCGGGCCUCGCCCCCUCCCUUGUCCCCUUCUCCUCCCCCCACCAGCUGUCCCCUUUCCCCAGAGCGCCGAGACAGACGGAGCCUGGGAAGAGGCGGCCUCGGGCCGGAGGGGGCGUGGUGGGGAAGGGGAAGAGGGCGGGGGUGAGGGGAUAAGGAGGCCCGCGCCGCCCGCGCCCCCAGCCACUGCCCGCCCGGGAGCCCGGGUGCUGCCGCCGCCUCCCGCUCGCUUCCCCUCGCCCAGGGGGGAAAGGUCAGCAGCGUCCUGGAGCCGCCGUGUCACUCCCCGACAGCCAUGAACUGCAGCGAGAGCCAGCGGCUGCGCACCCUCCUCAGCCGCCUGCUGCUCGAGCUGCACCACCGGGGCAACGCCAGCGGCCUGGGCGCCGGCCCCGGCCCGAGCAUGGGUAUGGGGGUCGGGCCCGACCCGUUCGUGGGUCGCGAGGCGACCAGCGCCAAGGGCGACGACGCCUAUCUCUACAUCCUGCUCAUCAUGAUCUUCUACGCCUGCCUGGCCGGGGGCCUCAUCCUGGCCUACACCCGCUCCCGCAAGCUCGUCGAGGCCAAGGACGAGCCGGCCCAGGCCUGCGCGGCGCACGAGUGGGCCGCCGCCGACGCCGAGACUGCGGCCGGCUCUCCGGCCCAGGGCUGCCGCCAGCUUGCCCCCGGGGCGCCGCCCGCCCCGGCCCAGGGCGCCGAGGGGGUCUAGAACCGCGGCCCCGUUUGCUCUCGUGCGCGCGCCCUCCUGGUUUCCUGCGUCCCCGGGCGCGGCGCCCGCCUUCUCCUUUCCUCCCCUUCCAGGUGCCGCCUCACCUGAGGCCCAGACGGGGAGAGGCCCGCAGACCUCGUCUGACAGGCCCUGGAAGGAGCACCACCCUACCCACCCCCCAGACCGCUUUUUCCCUCUUAACCCUCCCACCCGGCCACCCCAUGCCUACACCCCUACCCCGCACACCCAACUGCACUAAACUGCCUCUGCUCUCUUGUCUUCAGACAGCCCUGACACCAUGCUCCAGCCCCCUGGGAACUGAAUCCAACACGUCCAGCACUUGGCAUUGAAGUGAAGCAAUGAAGUCUAUCAGAACUCUGGGCCGUCUAAGCUUCUCCAGCGGCUGCCAGGGACUGCUCACUUCACGGAGCCAGCGGGCUUGCCCUCGCUGCCAGGCGGGCCGCGGCAGUUCCAGCUUCCUGUUGCCUUAGGGACCGAGACAAAGAAAAAUGAAGAGACCCCAGACAUCUUUCCCCUCCCUCCUUCUUGCAGCAGGGAGCUAGCAGGACACUAGGACCAGUCUGUGGGCUAGAAUGGACUUCAUGGGGACUGAAGGGGGAGGGAAGCUGCAAGGGGAGGGGAAGAUCUAUGACCCUAACUGUAUGCCUUUCUUGCAUCCCGCUGUCAUCCCAAAAGUAACUGGCCUGAUUUUUAGCAGCGUGGCCAUCUUCUGGUGUGGGUAACCGUCCCUGGGUGUGUCACCUCCAUACCUCCAAAUGCCUCCCCUGUAUCGAUUCAGUUGCCAUUGCAGCUGUGUGCUUCAUGUAUGGAACAGGAGGCUCAGACAUUUCCCUCCCCUGUAACCUGGGGAAUAUCAGAGGCAGGUAAUAAAGGUUGUUUAAGCAAUA